CUGAUCCUUCCAGGUCCUCUUCCAAAUGACUCCCUCAGGCCUGAAGACUGUUUCACUGCAGCCACAGGCCUGAAGACUGUUUCACUGCAGCCACAGGCCUGAACAACAGCCAGUCAUGACAUCAAGCAUAGGGGAUGAUUCUAGCAUCUUCGACGGGUCGAUGGAUGAAGAUGACAAGGACAAAGCAAAACGCGUGUCCCGUAACAAGUCGGAGAAGAAGAGACGAGACCAGUUCAAUGUCCUCAUCAAGGAGCUGGGCACCAUGUUGCCUGGCAUCACACGCAAGAUGGACAAGUCCACCAUCCUGCAGAAGAGCAUCGACUUCCUGUGUAAACACAACGAGAUCUCUGCUCAGUCUGAGUCCAGUGAGAUCAGACAGGACUGGAAACCUCCGUUCCUUAGCAACGAGGAGUUCACCCAGCUCAUGCUGGAGGCUCUGGAUGGAUUCUUCAUAGCGAUAAUGACAGAUGGGAACAUCAUCUACGUCUCUGAGAGCGUCACCUCCUUGCUGGAACACCUGCCGUCGGACCUGCAGGACCAGAACCUGUUAAACUUCCUCCCUCUGGAUGAACACUCAGAGGUGUACAAGGCUCUCUCCAAACACCCCUCCGACCCCGAGAGCCUCGGACCAGAGUACCUCAAGACGAAGAACCAGCUGGAGUUUUGUUGCCACGUGUUGAGGGGAACCAUCGACCCUAAAGAACCUGCCGUCUAUGAACACGUCAAAUUCAUCGGCAACUUCAAGUCGCUGAACGACGUCCCCAACACCACCAGGAAUGGUUUAGCAGGAGUGUUACAGAGAUCCCUACAACCUGCCUUUGAUGACCUGGUCUGCUUCGUAGCCACCGUCAGGCUGGCUAAACCACAGUUCAUCAAGGAGAUGUGUACAGUGGCGGAGCCCAAUGAAGAGUUCACCUCCCGACACAGUCUGGAGUGGAAGUUCUUAUUCCUAGACCACAGGGCUCCACCAAUCAUAGGCUACCUUCCAUUUGAGGUUCUGGGGACGUCGGGGUACGACUACUAUCAUGUAGACGACCUGGGAACACUGGCCAAGUGUCACGAACACUUGAUGCAGUAUGGCAAAGGGAAGUCGUGUUACUACAGGUUCCUGACCAAAGGUCAACAGUGGAUCUGGCUCCAGACUCGUCACUACAUCACCUAUCACCAGUGGAACUCCAGGCCUGAGUUCAUCGUCUGCACGCACACCGUGGUCAGCUACGCGGAGGUGAGGGCAGAGCAGCGUAGAGAGCUGGGUAUCAUUGAAGAGCCCCCCCCUGAGGUAACUGUGGACAAGCAGAGUCAAGACAGUGGAUCUGAGUCUCAGCUCAACACAGUUUCCAGCCUAAAAGAGGCCCUGGAACGCUUUGACCGUAGCCACACCCCCUCCUCCACCUCUCUGUCCUCACACAAGACCUCCUCACAGCUCUCAGACAACACCUGUACCUCAACAGCCUCCAAGCUCCACAUGGAUAUGGCCACGCCCCCUCAUCAGUCACAUGUCAUCUCGAUGGUGGAGGCAACAUCACAGAGACGCUCCUCCAUCAGCAGCCAGUCUAUGAGUUCUCAGACCACGGGACACAGUGUGGCUCCUGUCCAUCCUGUGAUACAACAACACCAUCAACAAGAGCCGGUGCUAGAGUUCUCAGCCCAGGUGAAUGCUAUGCAGCACCUAAAGGACCAGCUGGAGCAGAGGACCAGAAUGAUACAGGCCAACAUCCAGAGACAGCAGGAUGAACUCCGAGCCAUACAGGACCAACUACACAGAGUACAGCCCCCAGCCAUACAGGACCAACUACACAGAGUACAGCCCCCAGCCAUACAGAUGUUCGUGCAGAAGCCUGGCGGAGCUUUGAAUGUCCAGCUGCCUCAGGUGGGGGUGGUGCCACAGGGAGCAGUUUUGACCAAUCAGGUGCAGCAGACUGUCCUAAACCCCGCCCACACAGGAAGUCAGCUCACCAUUCAGCAGCAGCAGUCACCUCCUCCUCAACAGGACCUUCAACGACAGAAAAACAACUCCCACGCUCAGGUAUUCAGCCAAGCAGUGGUCCAGCAGCAGCGUCAACCACAACAACAGCAGCAGCAGCAACAACCUGUCUAUAACAUGAUCAUGUCCCAGCCCGGCCAGCCCAACCUACUACAGAUCAGUACCAGUCUACCACAGAACAACACACAACAGGCUGUAGCCACCUUCACACAAGACAACACUCAGAUACAGUUUCCGGCGGGCCAGCAGCUGGUGACUAAGUUAGUGACAGCUCCCAUGGCAUGUGGAGCGGUCAUGGUCCCGACCUCUGUGUUCAUGGGACAACCGGUCAUCGCUUACAACCCCUUCGGAGGGCAGCAGGGCGGUCAGACUCUUACCCUCCAGGCAGCCCAGUCCCAACAGAACCAGCCUGACAGCCAGACACAGACAGCUGUAGUGGCACAGAGUAACCAACAGGGGGCGCAGCAUCAGUUCGUACAGGGCACCCGUCUUCUCCACGGCAACCAGCAGCUGAUCCUCCAGGCAGCAUUCCCCAUGCAACAACAGCAACAGGCCUUCACCCAGGUAACACAACAACAACAGUCUCACAACCAGAGGCAUCAGCUGCAGCUGAAACCACAGCCGCAGAAACAACCCAAAGGCCCGCCUUCGCACAGGACUGACAGCUCCAGCAGCCAAGCACAGUAGGCCAGGCGUCCAAUCAGACUCUAUGACCUGAGGCUGAACCAAUCAGAGGUGUGGAGGGGUGUCCUGGAUUGUGUUGUGUGUUUUUCUAAUGGAACUACAGUGUUGGAGUCACCCAACCCCGCCCUCCUAUCGCCCCUACCAAUAUAGCUGCUGUGUUGACCCCCUCUAUCUUCCGCCAUAACAAACUGAAUUAUGGGUAACGGUGAGGGUGGCCAGCCCUUCGUCCUAGAAAGCUACUAACUGUGCAGGGUUUGGCUCCGGCUCUGCUCUAACACACCCAUUCAGUUGCUCACCAGGACCUUGAUGUUCACCUAGACUGAAUCAGGUGUGUUGGUUAGCGCAGGGCCGGAACUAAAGCCUGCAGUCAGGAGAUCUUCAGGAGGAGGUUUUGGCCCCACCUGGAUUUCACCUUCCCUAAGGAACUCCUCAUCACCGUGGUGACAAUAGUACGGAACCCUGUAUCCCGUAGCAACCAGGAGGAGGUUUUGGCCCCACCUGGAUUUCACCUUCCCUAAGGAACUCCUCAUCACCGUGGUGACAAUAGUACGGAACCCUGUAUCCCGUAGCAACCAGGAGGAGCGUUGUUUGUUCGUGCGUUUGGAGGAGAGACAGACUCGGUGUCCGUGGAAACCGAGUUUAGAACUCUUUGCGUUGCCACGGUAACGAGAGACUCCAAAAAAGGAACGUUGUGGUGAUGGACUGACUCUAUGGGUCUGUACAGUGCAGACGUGUGUAACAUUAAACUAAAUGUAAAUAUCCAUUAUAGCUACAAAGAAAAAAACAGAAAUGACUAUUUUAUAUGAUUGCAUGGGUAAAUAACUGUACGUUUUUAUGAGUAACUUUUGACAAAAUGACUUUAUUCAGCGUUUUCCUGGUCAGAUAUGAGGUAACAGACAUUCAGCUAGCAUGAAGAGCCACCUCUCUCUUCCCACCUAAAGGUCUUCGGCUCUGUUCCAACACUUUAGAAAAUGCA